AUGGGUAGAACGUCUCCUCAAGGUCUGAGGGCCCAAGACUUCCAUCACCAGCCUUAUGUCAACCCCGUCGACGUCUUCCCGCCCAAGUCCCGCCUCGCAACCAGGGCCCAGAACUACAGGUCACCGAUAAGGGGCCAGGUCCCAUCCAGAAGCCCGUCGCGAUUUGCCACAGAGACACACAAGUUCGCUUGUUGCGGCGAGGAGGAAGACUCUUCCUUCCGUCCAUCGAGCGCUCUCAACUGCUGUGUCGAUUACGACCAUGGCAGCACCGCCGUGGUCGAUUUCGGUGAGGCUGCCGAUGACUUUACAGGCUGCUGUGAUGAACCGCACCACAGCUCCCCCAGUCCGAUGGACUGUGAGGACUGCGUUGAUGACUGCGAUGACUGUGUCGAAGAGCACCUGAAAGCGAACCACCGAACCAGCAACUACGUCGACGACUGCGAGGAAUGCAACGAAGAAAAGGACAUCAAAUGCCUCAACGGCGCAGCAUGUCAAGGCACGUGCGACGAAUGUGACUUCUCUUGCUUUGAUUGCAUUGAUUGGAGUCAAUUUGAACGAGAUAAGGCUCUGGGUCUCUCAUUCUCGGUUCCCCUACUGGACGAAAGUGCCUUGACGGCCCCGAGCCUCCAAUUCGAUGAAACGAAUCCUGCCGGCUUUCGAGGGUUUGAUAUACCUAAUGCCCAGGCCGACAUGAUCGCGCCUCCGCUCGAUGUCCCUAUGCACCAUCAGUGCUUCGACAACGCUGUCCCCUAUUGGAACAGCAUAGCCCAAGAGCAGAUCUGUCCCGGCAACCCGGGGCUAAACCAGCAACUUCCGUUACCACCGUUUAGGUUGGAAUUCGGUUGCCAUCCAGCCGCCGCCCACCAGCGGGCUUCUCUGUCCGGGUUUCUAGGACCUGACCCCAUGAAUCUCACCAGCACUUCAAAUCUUCACCCCCAAGCACAGCUCCUUCCCACUGCACCUCCUCCCAAGGAUCCAUUGAAGACCACCGCACAAGAUCUCCUCAGUGCCGUUACUGCCCCAGAAACCUCUCGAGCCUGCCAGUGGCUAAUGCCUUGCGGCACUGUAUGUGGUGCCUCCUUCGCCACGGGCACCGACCUCAAGAAGCACCUUAAAACGGUCCACUUGGUCAAGGGUGUAACAAAAUGCCAAUGGCAAGAUUGUGACUCUCCAGACUUUGGUUCCGAAGCCGCCUUGACAGGCCACAUAUCCAAAAAACAUCUAGCAUCCUUCCUCACCACCGCCGUGUCUUCAUCGUCCGGCAACCCCGGGGGCCACCGACACCAACACCUGCACAAAUCCGAAGGCCCCUUUAAAUGCACAUUCCCGUCCUGCCCGAAGUCGUUCAUGUACAAACAAGUCCGGGAUGAGCACGUCGCGACCCACCACAACGGCAACAAGAUGUACUGCCACAUCUGCCACACGUUCCUCAACGGCGAAGGGUCCAACUUCAAGCGACACAUGGCCACGCACAGACCAAAACACCAACACACGCUGUGCAAGUACCACGGUUUGGGCUGCAAGAGGCGCUUCCCCCGGCUGGACAACCUGCGCAGACACGAGGCGUGCUGCAAGUUUGGCAAGGGCCUGAAAGGCGCAAAGGACUCCAAAAGUGCCGUCGAAACACAGCAGCAGCACCACCACCAUAGCCACCAUCAUCACUCUCGCAGUUGA